CAUGUGCAUUACACAGCAUAUGACGGCAGGCACAGCUCUGACCAGUGAGCUGCCUCGGGGACCAGGGCCCAUGUGUGGGUGACACACUAGAAAACGCAGUGUGCUGGGGGAGGGGAUGGGUCUGAAGGCAGACAUCUCAUCUUCCAGUGUUUUGUCCCCAUACCCUCCCAGCAACUGGGAAAAGAGAAGAAGCUCUGCCCUCGAGGACUUUCCAGCGGGAGUGUACACAGAGAAGUGAAGCUUUGUACAGGGAGGAGGUUGUUUUGGAAGUGAAGGGCAGUUUGUGAACAUGUGGGGAUGUGUUCGUAAGAAAAUGGGUGAAGCUUAGAGACUUGGGGAUGGAAGUCUCAAGGAAUCAUAGAAUUCCUUACAUUUGGAUGUUCCUUUCUGAUUACCAAAAGUAAGACUAGGGCCAGAGUGAAGAACCUGACACAGCAGGUGCCUCUGAGGUUUCCCACAGGAGACAAGAAAUAAGAAGCUGUGGCCAUACCCCCCCCCCACUGCUAAAUUUGACUGGCUUAAAAAAAAAAAAAAAUAAGCAGCUAUGGCUGAGCCAGGUGUGUGGUGCACACCUGUAAUCCCAGCACUUGGGGAGGCUGAGGCAGAAGGAUUGUUGUGAAUUUGAGACCAGCCAGGGCUACAAAAUGAGCUCAAGGCCACCCUGAAUGGCAUAGAGGGACCCUGUCUCAAAAAGAUAAAGAGAAAAGAAACAGCUGUGGCUGGUAUUCAGUAAUCAACUGACAUAAACAGCCAGAUCUUUCUUCGGCUGUGCAGAUGGCAGUUGUGGCCUUCACCACGUUGUCAGGAGCACAUAGGGUCCAGGAAAGGGUGAAAAGGAAGAUUGCCAAAUGUCAAGUUUUUGGGAGCAAGGAGGCAACCCUGAAGGCCGAGCAGUGUCGCAGGUUAGGCAUAGCGAGCUAGACCAGCCUCCACAUGCAGCCUCUGCUCAGACCCCUUGAGACCUGUACAUACUCAGGGCCAUGAGGAGGGGAAGCCCGCUCUGGGCGAGAUGGAACACUCAGUCCUGUGCCAGUCACAACAGUGUCCUGAAAACAAGUUGCUUCAUUUUAUUGAUGGUGAGCCCUAUAGUAAAAGUCACACAGUAAAGUGCAAGGCAACAUAAAAACAGUUCUGUCACUCCCAGAACCACAGUUUGAAAUACCCCAGCCACCCUCACAUCCUGCUUCUCUGGACUAGGUGCUAGACACAAACAGAUCAGGACCAAGACGUAAUGCAGAAGCAGCUACCCUUGAACUUGAUACUUGAACUUGAUACUCCUUUUUAAGAAAUGAACUACAAUCACCAGACAUAGUAGAGCACACUUGUAAUCCCAGCACCUGGAAGGCUGAGGCAAAAAGACUGCCACAAGUUUGAGGCCAGCCUGUCACAUGCUAUGUCACACAUUGUGAGUUCAAGGUUGGUCUGACUACAUAGCAAGACCCUGUCCCCAAAAACAAACAAACAAACAAAAAAAUGAUCUAUAGCUGGGAGUGUAUGAUGGCACACACUUCUAAUCCCAACACUUUUGAGGCUGAGGCAGGAGAAUCGUCAAGUUCAAGGCCAGUCUGGGCUACCUACAGAGUUCAAAUCCUGCCUGAACUAUAACAUAGGGAAACCCUGCCUCAACACCAGCCUCCAUGGACACCUACCCCCCAAAAAGAAAAAACUACAAGCCAGACAUGUUAGUGCAUUCCCAUUGUUCCAAAUCUCUGGGAGCCUGAGAUGAUCACAAAUUCAAGCCCAGGCUAGGCAACUUUGUGACUUAGACCCAAUCUCAAAAAGGGCAAGACAUAUUGUUCAAAGUCCCUAGGUUCACCUUAGUACCACUCAAAUGACUAGGACACAGCUCAGUGAUAAGAGCAUUUGCAUACUAUGUGUAGUGUCCCAGGUUCAAUUCCUAGCACUGCUAGAAGACAAAAGCCUGCUAUAAUCUACAGAUUUCAGGUGGAAGAGAAACUCUGAAGGGCUUUUACACACAAGAUAUCCUGUGAUGUCUGCUGGAGAAAACUGAGACCCAUGGCAGAAGCCACAGGGAGACGGAAGCCAACUCAGCACAAAGAGAAAAUGAUUUAAAGGCAGUCUCAGGUGACGGUAAGUUUCCCCGGGUGGUGUGAGGGAAACCUGCUCUAUGCCAGAGCCUGUGCUGAGCGGAUUACAGCGGGCAUCAAAAUGCUUUGAAGUCCCGUGUUCUAAGUGAAGAAUCGACAGUGAACAGCUUGCCCAAAGGCUGUGUCAGAGCCAUUUGCAGCUCCGCCAUGCACACACAGAAACACACACACACACACACACACACACACACACGGUGCACUACACUUCCUCUGUAUAGGCUGGUGUCCCACACUCUGGAUGCAGGGGAAGGAGAUGCAGCACAGCAGAAAGCCACCAGAUUUCUUUGAAACCCUGCUUCCUGAGGAGUAAUUCAGAUUUCCUUAAGACAGGAUUCUUGUCGUCUUCCUCAGUACGUCAGAUCCGUAGCCAGGGAGAUGAAACAAAAGGACAGUGCAGCCCCAAGGUCCUGUUACUCCCCUUGGAGUCAGGGCCUCAGGAUCCUGAGCCUCCCCAUCCUAUCCUUAGGUUCCUCCUUUAAUAAAGCCCUAGCUAGAAAAAGGAGUUUGACCUGGGAGUGAGCAGCAGUGGCCACAGGGUGGCAGCAGAGCUUCAGCUACAGAGCCCAACUCCCAAACAGUGGGGUUUUGCAUUUUUUUCCCAAGAAGUGUUCUUCAGUGAUGGUGGCUGUCCACACUCUGUGGGCUCCAAAUCCUCUCCAUGUCCUGUAUCUCACUAUCCCAUCCACAGCCUAAUCUCAGAGUAGUGAAUCCAUGUUUAACCAUCUAAGAGGUGGUGAACAGAGCUGAAACAGGCUGUGUGGCUGACUUCCAUCCCAAGGGGUAAGGGGGGACCCAGCUGGGUCACCCGCCCCGCCCCCCCUGCAAUGGAGAGCCUUGCCCUAACACCUGUCCCUCCUCACAGCAGUUUAUGCUUCAAUCUACAAGUUACGAGAGAGGUGAUCAGUUGAAGGUCUCCAACCUGUUGAGGGAUUAAGGGUUUUUGUAAGGCCCCACCAGGGCCUGGCUCUGACAAUGCAUCCAUACUUAAUGAUGCUUCUUCAGCUCUAGAGACAGGAUUUAUGCAUCUAAUAAAGUCUGUAACUCCAGGCUUCGGGGCUGGGGGCGGAGACUUUGAGAGCAGCAAGUCCCAGAGAGAGCCAUGGGAGGGGAUCUCAGGCAGCUCUUAAUGAAGCCGUGCAUUUCCACUGCCUGUCUAGACUCCCCCCUCGGGCUGCUGCUGGGGGUUGGGGACAAGAGGACAGCAGGUAUAAGAGGCUGGUGUGGCUGUGGGAAGGAGGAUGGUAGCAUGGAUUCCAGGCAGGCGGCGGCGGUGCUGCUGGUACUGCUGCUGACAGUGGGCUGGGCCUAUGCUGAAGGACCAGGGGGGCAGCACAGCGACCAGGUCUUCAUGGAGGAAGACAUUGGACCCCACCCACGGCAGCGUGCCCAGACCCAUGGGUCCCUCCUGCACUCCCUGCUCCAAGCCAUGGAGAGAACUGGCCGGAGCCCAGCCUUCCUGUUCCAGCCCCAGAGGUUUGGCAGAAAUACCUGGGGGUCCUGGAAUAGCGAGCGGCUGAGUCCCCGAGCUGAAGAAUUCUGGAGCCUAGCUGCCCCUCAGCGCUUUGGGAAGAAGUAACAUCAUCUCCUGGUGUGUUUGCAUGCAAGGCCUACACCCCAAAGUGCCAUGUCACCCCAACCUCAAUAAAGCUGUCUGCUUUGGA